UUUCUGUAGUUAAUGGUUCUGAGUACUCAAUUAUAUUUACAAAAUGUUAAAAACUGAAUGUCUCAUAGUGAGACAGAUGAAAAAUCAUUAUCAAGGAAUUUUAUUCAGCUGAAAGAUUACGAUGAGAAUGACUUAAAAGUACGUAUCAUGCAGUGGAAUAUGCUUGCCCAAGGCUUUAUUCCACUAGAUGAAUUUGUCUAUUGUCCAAGUAAAUUUCUAUCACUUGAAAGGAGAUGUAAGAAAAUCACUGAUGAAAUCCUACAUUAUAAACCAGAUAUAAUUUGUUUACAAGAAGCUGAUAUUAUUACAGAUAUAAUAGACCAACUCAAUAGAAAUAAUGAAAAAGUUACUUAUAGUUAUUACUUUCUUCCAAAACGAUUUUCACCUUGUCUAUUUAUUGAACACAAUCAAGGACCUGAUGGACUUGCUGUAAUCUAUCGGGCUGAUCUCUAUGAACUACUGAAAUCAGAAGAGAUUCCUUUGGAUGAUAACAAUUCACGUUAUGCACUUUUUUGUCAUUUUAAACAUAAAAGUGUUGGUGAUGCGCAAAAAAGGUAUCCAGAUAUCUACAUAAUUUGUCUUCAUUUAAAAGCUAAGGAAAGUUGCUCUGAAAUAAGAUAUCAACAAGGAAAAAAGCUUAUGGAGUAUUUAUUAUCAUUCAUUAAACGUAUGUCGUGUAACUCUGUAUCAGUUAUAAACAGUCCAAUUUUUGUUUGUGGAGAUUUUAAUGCUGAACCUGAAGAACCAGUGAUUAAACUUUUACAAAAUUUUUCUUCUUCUGCUUGUAAUACAUCUUACAAGCUAACAAGUGCUUACAAUACAGCAUGUGACGGUAAAGAACCAGAAUUUACCACGUGGAAAAUUAGAAAAAGUGAACGAAUUACAAAGCUUACAGAAGUUUGUCAUACCAUCGAUUAUAUUUGGUACUGUGAUCGUUUAUGUAACCUUCUAGGAGUUUGGUCUAUUCCAUCUAAGGAUGAAAUUGGUCAACAUGGUCUUCCAACGACGAUAUUUCCAUCGGAUCAUUUGAAUUUGAUUGCAGAUUUUAGUCUACCUUCAUGUCAGUGAUAGUGUAACGUUCACUUCACAGGCCAUCGUUAUGCUUUAAGAAUCCUAACCUGAAUCCUUCAUGAGUUAUCGUGCAGUUAAUAUUUCCAUUAUGUUAUCCUUAACUACGUAUAUUUAUCCGUAUGUGUGAGAUGUGAACAAAUAUUAAUGGAUGACAUUUUAACAAAGAGCUUAUGACUGUAAUAAAGUUUGUACAUAUAUCUUGAUCAAUUGUUUCUCUAUAAUUUAUUAGGAUUGAGUCAUCAAUUAUGGUUUUAAAUCAAAUUUGGAU